GGGGGACGUGAAGGAGGACGGAGCUCCCUGAGCGGAGGGCAUGGACAGACUGCUUUCCUGCACCAUGUAACGUACAGAGAUGUAAGAGAUUGCAAAUUGGGGCUCAACGAAAUGGAGCAAUGAAUCUCCCAGUAAGAAGCAUCAUGUUUGACUCCACUCCUAUUAGAUGUCCUCUCCCGUCUUCUUACCAGUUGACUUUGACUUCACGCUUCAUAUAUUGUGGAUGAGCUGCUCUCCUGCUUUGAUCCUUAGCUUCUGUUGACCAAUUAUUGUCAAUCCCUGACAUUGUUUGUAUAUAACCGUAACCUGGAGGUUCUCUGUCUGAGCUUACCCAGGUGUUGUCUGAUCCUGCCAGUUACAAUAAAGCCUUUCAGUGUUCCAGUCCUGGCAGUCUAGAAGUGAUUGAGAGGUCUGAUGAGAGCAGCAGCAAGCAAACCAGCGGAACCGAGCAUUCUGUCAUGGCUGCAGAUGGUUUGGAAAGCAUAGUCAUAGACCCCAGUCAGAUCAGCAUGUCUGUGACUGACACAGCAGCGUGGACCACUGCAAUGAGCAACCUGGGAAUAGCUCCAGUGAGACUUGCUGGGCAACCAUUGGUAUCAGAUCCCAUCUGUGUGCCAGGCUUUGAUCACGGCCUAGGAAUAAUGACUGGAAUGACGACAGUAAACCCUAUGAUGACUGGAAUAGGCUUGUUGCCCCCACCAGUUCCCCCGGAAAUGCCAGUCAUGAAAGAAAUUAUUCACUGCAAAGCCUGCACACUCUUUCCACCAAACCCAAAUCUUCCUCCGCCAGCCACAAGAGAUCGACCUCCUGGAUGUAAAACAGUCUUCGUCGGAGGUUUACCAGAAAAUGCUGCAGAAGAAAUUAUCAGAGAAGUGUUCGAGCAAUGUGGGGAUAUUACAGCUAUUCGCAAGAGCAAAAAGAACUUCUGCCACAUCCGUUUUGCUGAAGAGUUCAUGGUGGAUAAGGCUAUCUACCUCUCAGGGUAUCGCAUGAGGUUAGGAUCAAGCACGGACAAGAAGGACACUGGCCGCCUUCACGUGGACUUUGCUCAGGCCCGAGAUGAUUUCUACGAGUGGGAGUGCAAGCAGCGUACACUCGCACGAGAAGAGCGCCACAGACGAAAGAUAGAAGAGGAGAAAUUCCGGCCACCCUCCCCUGCACCUAUUGUCCACUAUUCAGAGCAUGAGGCCAGUCUGAUGGCUGAGAAACUCAAAGAUGAGACUAAGUUUGAUGAAGCCAUUGUGGUGUUGCUCACGUGGUUUGAACGUGGAGAGGUGACCCGACGCUCUGCAAAUAAUUUUUAUUCCAUGAUCCAGUCAGCCAACAGCCACACCCGCAGACUGAUGGGUGAGAAGGUAUCGCAUGAAGAAGCAAUGGAACAGGCCAAGGAACAAUUUAAAAGUGCUUUAUCAGGGAUCCUCAGUGAAUUUGAGCAGAUUGUGGCGGUAUUCAAGGCUGCUUCGAAGCAAAAGGCUUGGGACCAUUUCUCAAAAGCUCAGCGCAAGAACAUUGAUAUUUGGCGAAAACAAGCAGAGGAAAUCCGCAAUGCACAUAGUGAGGAACUCAUGGGAAUUCGACGUGAAGAGGAAAUGGAAAUGUCUGAUGAAGACUAUGAAGAAAGCCCAAAUAAAAAAGGCAAAGUGGAUGAAUUUGCUCUGGCUGCUCAAGCUCAUGCGCUGAAAGAAGAAAAUGACAGUCUGAGGUGGCAGCUCGAUGCAUACAGAAACGAGGUGGAGCUGCUCAAACAGGAGCAGGGGAAGCUCUACCGGACUGAGGAAGACCACACCAAGGAUCAGCAACUGCGCUUUCUUCAGCAGGCAAUGCAAGGCAUGCAGCAACAAUUGCUAUCACUUCAGGAAGAGUGCAGAAAGAAGGAAUUGGAACUGGAGAGAGUAAAGGACGAAAAAUCUCAAGUACAAUCAUUGCUUACAGUCCUCAAAGAAAAGCUGAACUACCGGAACAACGAGACCAAUGGCACUGACACACACAGAAAUGUGGGUUUGGAUACAUUAGUUGGCUGGUUUGACUGCUGGGAUACAAAUGGGUUCAGCUUGUCUGUGGGUGCUCAAGACACGCAUACCAAUGAGGGAAGAGCUUCCAUCAUAUCUCUUAAAACAGAGAAAGAAGCCUUAUUAGUAGGUAUUAUUGCAACGUUCCUUCACGUCCAUCCGUUUGGAGCCAACAUAGAAUACCUGUGGUCUUAUCUCCAGCGACUGGACACAAAGAUAUCUGCAGGAGAAAUUGAGAUACUUAUGAUACAAUUGCCGCACAUGUUCAAGCAAGAGUUCACAGGCGUGGGCGCAACGCUGGAGAAGAGAUGGAAAUUCUGCGGGUUCGAAGGGAUCAAAACAGUUAGUCAAUGAGACUGAAAUUAACUUCAGGUUGACAACCGUCACUUGAAACUCGAUCAUCGUGCAGGGGAUUACAGUCAGAAAUCUGUCCGAGCUCCAAUUUUAAAUCGCUGAUUGAAUCUGUUGUUUCUUCAGCUAAAGUGAAAAAUGUAUCCAUUCAACAGCUCCUGAAAACUGUCAGAAUGGGGCAAAAAAAAAUGGCUUAGUUCUGCAAAAAGCAAAACUCAUCGCCCCUUAUCAAGAAUUUUACGGAGUUUUUUAUUGGAGCUGGCGGUUGGGAAUUGAACGCUUAUCCGGUCAGCACCCAAAGUAGUAGUUAAAGUGAACAGAAGUGUUUUGAGGACUGUUAUGUCACAGAAAAGUCAUAUGCUGUUGAUUUAAGACGUACGUGAAUUCAAUAUCACUGUCAUUGCAAGGCUGGCACUAAACUCCCAACGGAGCACAAGGCAAAAGCUGAACAUGAAUUUCAAGCAGCAAGUCAGGGUUGGACUGUUAGUAAAUCUCCCUAUGCCAGCCAACAGAUCUCUAUUGCGUAUUUAUCGGUUAUUCAGAAUUCAUCUCAGAUUUGUUCACAGUGGAGAUCUGUGAUAAACCAAGAAAACAUGGGAAUAUCUCUAUUUACCUGCAGUAAUAUGUGACCUUAAUGUCUGUGGCAGGAUGUGAAUGAAAACGUAUCGCGCCGCACACACUGUUAUUAUUGUGUAAUUUAGAAAUAAAUUAUUUUUAUGAAAGUUUAAAUUAUAACUUUUUGCACAGGGGUAAUGUCUGACUUUCAUUUUCUAAAACGCAAAGCUGUCUAGUGUCCCUGUCCAGAGCACUCCAUACCACUGAGGCACGUUUGAGAUCUGUCGAGUUUUGUUCACGGUGAUAUAUUUGGGAGAGCUUCUCCUGAAAUGUGCCUGCGUGUGAUCUUUAGCCUUUGUGAGGAGAGACAUCAGCAAAUGCUUUAAGACAUCAACACCGCAUGGCUGGCAGGUAUCAAAGUGAUUUGGGCAGCAAUUUGUGAAAUAUAAAUGAGACAGAGCAAAUCACAUUAGGGUCUAACUGUAGUGUGCUUCCAGGAACAACGUGAUUUGAACCACUCAGUAUAAACGCAUUUGGUACAAAUCACACUGGGCUCCUUCCAAAGAUCUCCUUUCAAAAUUCUCAGCCUUUAAGAUUGUUAAAGAAGCAAUCUCACAAUCAGCCCUUUACUAUAUUUUAUACACAUCUUUAAUAAUACUAAAAAAAACAUCUGAUUUUGGCAUUUCACACAUACACCUGUCUCACUGGCAUCGCGUCCUAUGGAUUAAAUGAUUGACAAAACAAGGGUCUGGCCUGUUUUUCAUAUUGUAGGUGUUAUAGCAAAAGAAAAUCUGACUGCCUAUUCUGGUGCAUUGUCCAGUUGGUAAUUAAACCGUGUGAUUAAGCACAGCUACCUCUUACACAAACGUUAAUGAUAUAAACAUGCACAGAAGAACUACUGAGACGUUAUAACAAUUACAACACCAACUCUUUCCCUUCUGGGUUAAAUACAGAACUCUGUGCACCAUGUAAUGAUGGCACAAAUUCAAAACUAGUGCCAACGCAGUCACCUAUAGAAAAAUCAUGGCUAAUAAAACAUCUCAAAAACAUGCUCACUCUAACACUGGUACCAUUGCCCAUGCCAUUAGAUGCCCUAGGCAGUAUCACAAUUAUAGUUAUAGUUGCUGAAGCACAGCUAAUAUUGCAUUAGAAAGGGAGCACAGCAGGUAAGGCCUGUGAUAGCUUCCUAGAUAUUCUGUGGAAGCUUGUAAAACAGUAAGUGCAGUGAACCUGUGACCUGCUGCUAAAUGCUGAAGCAGUAAAAAAUGGCAGCAGACGGAUGCAAGCUGCCAGACAAUAUCUCUGGCUUGCCCUGCUUGGUUUCCAGACUGACCCUUCUUUCCCAUAAAUCAGUUCUCAUGUAGGAGCUUUUUGUCUGAUAAGGCUGUUCAUUAAUCUACCUUUCUGUCCCUAUCAACACACAUGAUUUGAGACCGUUUUAGCUGGGGCUAGGUUGGCAGACUGUAAAUUAACUUGUGUUUUGCAAUUAUCACUUUGUGCAUUUCAGUGAUUGUGUUAAAGAAAGAGUUAUUUCACAUCCCGAACAAAAGAGAUGUAACACUGUAAUGAUCUGUACCAAGAAGUAUUUAAUGUUACACUGUUUGUAUAGCGUAAAAUAGACAAAAAAUGAAUCAAAGCUGUCUAUAAUGACUCCAUGGUAGUUCAGUCAAACUGACUGCUGGACUUGCCUCCGAGAAUUUCAAAUGAGAGAUAUUAAACCGCAUCAGAUGAAGAGA